AAAUGAGCCUCGCUAAGGUGAUCCAGCUACUCGUACUUCCUUGGUUUUUUCGAAUUCUCUCUAAAAUUUGUAUUCUUCAAAGGUUCAUUUUCAUUGCUCUAAGGUUUUGAAAAAUUUCAAGAUCAAGAGAACCCAUCGCUUAAAUAAUUUUUAAAAUGAAACUCUUUCAAGAGCUCGUCCUAGAACUAGGACAUUAUCAGAAGAUGAUUCCAAAAAAAUUGACACUUUGGACGCUGCCACUACAGAACAGAUUAACAUUUCAAAGAAAUUGUUUAAAAUUUUGUUUUCCUCCACUGUAAAUUUGAUGUAAUAAAAUGAAAACAUAUUGAGUUCAAAUUUCACGUAUUGAAAAUUUGAAAAUGUUUCAACUACAUUACUCUUCCAAGUGUAAACGAAAUUGGUAUGUGUUCUCUUAAAUGUAUAUUUUUACAUGACAAUCAUAAUUUCUCAUAUUCUGCAUCGAAAUUUCAUAAAAAAAAUAAGGAUGCGAAGCAUUGUCUACAGUCAUCUAAGAAUGCUGAGAGAUUAUUGGCCAUGUGUCUAGAUAGCUCCUUUCCAGUGCGUUACACACAAAUUUUGCUGUUGUUCACUUCCUUGGUGUUGACCUUCCAUCAGCGUGUCAAUGUGCCCGAAGUUAUUGUUGUACUAACAACCGCCAACGGCACCUACGCUCAUUUUAUGCCAGAGGGUUACUCGUUGACGCCGCACGAAAAGUCCACUAUGCUGGGAAGUAUUUUUUGGGGUGCAAUUUUGGUACAAAUACCCAGCGGCUAUAUCUGUAGUGCCUAUGGUAGCGUCAAGCUCUUGUUCUGUUCGCUCUUCUUCUCCUCACUCAUAUGCAGUGUGCUGCCGCUGAGUCUGAUAUUUGGCAAUUUCAUCACUUUUAUUUUAUUACGCGCGUUGCAAGGCUUGGCGCAGGGCGUUUUAUUCCCCACAAUCUUCGGACAUCUAGCCAAGUGGUGUCCACUCAACGAACGAAGUCUGCUCGGUGGCUUCUCGCAAUCUGGCGCGGAGUUUGGCGUAGCCUUAGGUUUGAUAAAUACCGGAUUUCUAUCAAUGUCGCAAUUGUAUUGGCCAGCGGCUUUUUAUAUGCCAGGUCUCGCCGGCUUAGUGUGGUGCAUUUUCUGGUCAAUCUUCGGCGCUGAAUCACCAUGGGUCUCCAAACGUAUAUCAGCCAACGAAAGGCAGCUCAUACUAUCUGCGGGCACUCUUAGUAUGCGCGAGAAACGCAGCAAGGCCGCCAUACCCUGGCGCGCUAUCGCCACUUCAGUGCCUUAUCUGGUGCUGCUGUUAAAUAAAAUUAGUCACGCAUUUACGAUCGCGACCAUGGGCCAGCAGAUACCCACAUAUUUGAACGGCAUGUACGCUUACGAGAUCCAUAUAAAUGCUUUAAUAUCGGCACUGCCGUUUUUCAUUAUGCUGAUCAGCACUUAUAUGGUCACAAUCAUCUCGCAUUAUUUGCUCAAAGUCAGAAAAGUGCGUCUGUCGCUAGUGCGCAAGUCGUUAAAUACGAUCUCGAACUGGGUGCCAGCCACUGCAUUGGCGACUAUGAGCUUGCUGUCCAAGGACAAUGCUGUGGGUAACAUUUCCUGUAUCGUUAUUACAGUUGUCGCAUUUUCGACCUUCACGCUUGGUAGUUCAUUGAAUCAUAUUGACUUGGCGCCUAAUUUUGCUCCGCUCCUCUCUGGUAUUACCGGCACAUUCAUCAUGAUAGCGGCCAUUUUUUCGCCCAUAGCUGUGGCAGAAGUCGUAAAGAAUGAGAACGAUCCUUGGCAAUGGAAUAUCAUAUUCUUGUUCACAGCAGCUUUUCUCUUCGUGACGAAUUUGUUGUAUUUAUUUUUUGGUCAAAUGGUAGCACAGCCAUGGAAUGAACUGCAGACUAAAGAAACGAAAAGUGUCAAUAAUGAAGCGGCAUAAAUAUAUUAUUUAUUUGAUAAGAAAAUGAUGAUUCAAUUAAAAAAAUAACAAAGAAAUUAUAGUGUAUAGAAGGAAAAACCGAUACCGUUCAUCAGUGGCCGGCUAAAUGUGAUAUUUGUACCCAGUAAAGUUAAUUAUAAUGUUUUUAUUAUAUUCCUGGUAACUUAACUAAAUCAUUCGAAACCUCUUAGCUACCUAGUGGGCGCCAGUGGCCGCCAAAGUGUGAAAAACCAUUAAAAAUGGGUCAUGAUGAACUACAGCGCAUUGGUGUGCUUAGACAGGUGUUUACUCCUCAUAAUGAAAGUAUAUGUAAUUCAAAGUGGACACUAACUGUUAGCCAGCACUGUUCGGAGAAUAAAGUAGGUACUACAUAUACAUAUACUUAAACUGCAUAGAAACUGUGGAAUAAACAUUUCCAGGAUUGCUUAUUUGUUAGCAUUCUACAUUAUAAUUAAUAUGUAUAUAUGUAUGAACAUUUUAUAUCACACAACAACACGAAGAUUUGAUUUGAACGUAAAAACUGAAAAAUUAUAUAAAACGCUAUUAUUUUGUUGGGAUUUUAGAUUUCUUCGAAAAUAUGGUGAUAGUUUGUAAACCAUAAAAAAUUCUAUAUAUGAAGUGAA